UCCGCUUGCAGCAGGCGCAGGUCACUGUGGAGCUGACCGACCGAGUUCCUUCGUCGCCUAUCUCUGUUCCGGGUGCGAACCGGAGCCGGAGCCGGAGCCAGAGCCGGAUCCCGCACUGAAGGCCACGUCAACCUAAACCGUCACCGCCCGCUCCACCCCGCGGGCCACUGUCCCGCCGGAGUGCCCCAACGCCUUUCCCACAAUGCCCCGCGCAGGCCCCGCCCCGCGGGCCGCGGACCCGAGAGGCGGAGGAGCAGCCGCGCGCUUGCUACCGCUCGCGCGUCCUCCGGGUCCCGAGCUCCGCGGCCGGCGCUCACGGUCCGGGCUCAGCGGGCAGAGGUCUCGGCGAGGACUGAGGAUGGGGCUGUAGCUGCAGGGACGCCAAGGUUAACAUUUCUGGACUCUGUUCUGUGAUGCUUGAUUCACCUUUGAAGUAAUGUGGACAGAAGUUCUCAGAUUUGGAUAUUACAUCAGCUGGACCUAGCACUGUAUAUUAAUGUUCACUUAAAUCAGGACUUGCAUAAGAACGGCCGUUUUAGUGGGCUCAGAUCAGGAUUUUUACAGUUUACUUGGCGUGUCCAAAACUGCAAGCAGUAGAGAAAUAAGACAAGCUUUUAAGAAAUUAGCACUGAAGUUACAUCCUGAUAAAAACCCGAAUAACCCAAAUGCACAUGGUGAUUUUUUAAAAAUAAAUAGAGCAUAUGAAGUACUCAAAGAUGAAGAUCUGCGGAAAAAGUAUGAUAAGUACGGAGAAAAAGGACUUGAAGAUAAUCAAGGAGGCCAGUAUGAAAGCUGGAACUACUACCGUUAUGAUUUUGGUAUUUAUGAUGAUGAUCCCCAAAUCAUAACAUUAGAAAGAAGAGAAUUUGAUGCUGCUGUUAAUUCUGGAGAACUGUGGUUUGUAAAUUUUUACUCCCCAGGAUGCUCACAUUGCCAUGAUUUAGCUCCCACUUGGAGAGAAUUUGCUAAAGAAGUGGAUGGAUUACUUCGAAUUGGAGCUGUUAACUGUGGUGAUGAUCGAAUGCUUUGCCGAAUGAAAGGAGUUAACAGUUAUCCCAGCCUCUUCAUGUUUAGAUCUGGAAUGGCUGCAGUAAAAUAUAAUGGAGAUAGGUCAAAGGACAGCUUAGUGAGCUUUGCCAUGCAGCAUGUGAGGAGCACAGUGACAGAACUCUCAACAGGAAAUUUUGUUAACUCCAUACAAACUGCUUUUGCUGCUGGUGUUGGCUGGCUGAUCACAUUCUGUUCUAAAGGAAAAGAUUGUUUGACUUCACAGACACAACUCAGGCUUAGUGGCAUGUUGGAUGGUCUUGUUAAUGUAGGAUGGAUGAACUGUGACACCCAGGACAACCUUUGCAAAAGUUUGGACAUUACAACAAGCACUACUGCUUAUUUUCCUCCUGGAGCCACUUUAAAUAACAAAGAAAAGUCCAGUAUUUUGUUUCUUAAUUCAUUAGAUGCUAAAGAAAUAUAUAUGGAACUCAUACAUCAUCUUCCUGACUUUGAACUACUUUCAGAAAAUACACUAGAGGACCGUUUGGCACAUCAUCGCUGGCUUGUUUUUUUUCAUUUUGGAAAAAAUGAAAAUUCACAUGAUCCUGAAUUGAAAAAACUGAAAACUCUACUUAAAAAUGAACAUAUUCAAGUUGGAAUGUUUGACUGCUCUUCUUCACCAGGCAUCUGUAGUGAUCUCUAUGUUUUUCAGCCAUGCCUAGCAGUGUUUAAAGGACAGGGAACCAAAGAAUAUGAAAUUCAUCAUGGAAAGAAGAUUCUAUAUGAUAUACUUGCCUUUGCCAAAGAAAGUGUUAAUUCUCACGUUACCACACUUGGACCUCAAAAUUUUCCUGCCAGUGACAAAGAACCAUGGCUUGUUGACUUCUUUGCCCCUUGGUGUCCACCAUGCCGAGCUUUGUUGCCAGAGUUACGAAAAGCAUCAACGCUUCUCUAUGGUCAGCUUAAAUUUGGUACAUUAGAUUGUACAAUUCAUGAAGGACUCUGUAACAUGUAUAACAUUCAAGCUUAUCCAACAACAGUGGUAUUCAACCAGUCCAGUAUUCAUGAGUAUGAAGGACAUCACUCUGCUGAACAGAUAUUGGAGUUCAUAGAGGAUCUUAGAAACCCUUCAGUAGUCUCUCUUUCACCUACCACUUUCAAUGAACUAGUCAAACAGAGAAAGCAUGAUGAAGUCUGGAUGGUUGACUUCUACUCUCCAUGGUGUCAUCCCUGUCAAGUCUUAAUGCCAGAGUGGAAAAGAAUGGCCCGGACAUUAACUGGACUAAUCAGUGUGGGCAGUGUGGACUGUCAACAGUAUCAUUCUUUCUGUGCCCAAGAAAAUGUUCAAAGAUACCCUGAGAUAAGAUUUUAUCCCCAAAAGUCAAAUAAAGCUCAUCAGUAUCAUAGUUACAAUGGCUGGAAUAGGGAUGCUUAUUCCCUGAGAAUCUGGGGUCUAGGAUUUUUGCCUCAAGCAUCUAUAGAUUUAACACCUCAGACAUUCAAUGAAAAGGUUUUACAAGGGAAAAAUCACUGGGUGGUUGAUUUCUAUGCUCCUUGGUGUGGACCUUGCCAAAAUUUUGCUCCAGAAUUUGAACUCUUGGCUAGGAUGAUCAAAGGAAAGGUGAAAGCUGGGAAAGUAGACUGUCAGGCCUAUGCCCAGACAUGCCAGAAAGCUGGUAUAAAAGCCUAUCCGACUGUUAAAUUUUAUGAAAGAACAAAGAAAAAUAUUUGGGAAGAGCAAAUAAAUUCCAGAGAUGCAAAAACAAUUGCUGCCUUAAUUUAUGGAAAAUUGGAAACUCUCCAAAGCCAAGGAAAGAGAAAUAAGGAUGAACUUUGAUGAUGUUGAAGAAAAUAGUGGAAGGAAAAUAUCAUCAGAAGAUUUUUUUUUCAGAAUAUUUACUAUGUUCAUGUGGAAAUAAAUGAGCUUUGCACUGCCCAAACUCUACAAUGGUGGUAGGAAAGAAAGUCUGCAAACAUUUUCUGUAAAAAGCCAGAUCCUAAAUGUUUUAGACUUUGCAGGCCACACAGGAUUUUUUUUCUCACAUCAUUGUUGUGAUUAAUCCUUUACAAAAUAAAAACACCAUUCUUACCUCAGGGCCAUACAGAAAUUUUCCACGGGCCAAAUUCAGUCCUGGAACUAGUUUACUGACUGGUAGCACUGAUGUUUUGGACAUCCGGCUCUACUGUACACCUGGGUCUAUUGUCAUACUGUACAAAGUGGAUUAGUUUUUUACUCAUAAUUUUUCUGGGGGCCUGAGAAGUGGUGACUUGGUUUUCAGUCACCCUUUCUAGAAAUUUAUCUCUGACCGUAUUUUAUUUUAAAUAUUCUCAGAAUAUGGAAGAAUACAGAUAUACCCCAUACUGUGUAUUACAGAUAGAGAUGCUCCAUUUUGUUUUCUUCUAAAAGUUGAAAUAUUAAUUUUUCACAAUAGUAAAUGUAAAAAUACUAUAAACUGCGAUCUCUAGAAUGAACUAAGGAAACAUAUUUAUAGCAACUAAAUGGGCAACGUAGGGUGUCCUGAAUGUAUCACGAUCUAGAGUUCUAUAUUUGAAGAUAUAUGUGUCUGUUUAUUUUCUGAAAUUGCUUUCAUAAAAACGUUCCUACUGAUGGUUUUUGGGUUUUGGGGUUUUUAAUUGUGUUUUAGGUAUCUUUCUAAUUGAAGAUUUGCCUUUUGGGUUUUCUGUUUUGGUUUAUGUCAUUUAUUCACAUUGAUUUUUUUUCUAUAAUUGUGAUUUUUUUUCACUCCUGUCCAAUCUUCCCUAUUCAAAUAGGAAAAACUAAUUUUAGGUUUAUCUUAAUGUGGAUCAUAAUGAUGUGUUAUUCAGUUAUUGCUGUCAGAAGCUGCCUUUCUCAGUAAAAUAUUGCCAUAAUAACUGAACUUAUUUUUAUUAAAAUCAAGUAUAUAAUGGAAUAGAAUAUUUCAGUUUCCAAGUUGUUUAGACUCAGAAAAUUAAUUUUUUUCAUUGCAAUUUUUAAAAAAUGGUGUAUGGUUGAGUUAUAUGAAUAGUAUAUGGAAUAGUAGAACCCCUCAUUAAGCAAAGAAGGCCCACGAAUAAAAAUAAAUCGGAUUUUCUAAAAUCCUAUUUUAUUUAAGAUUA